CCCACAUUAUCCAGAUAAACAUCUUAGAAAAACAGUCAUUUUAAAAUCACAUGGCUGAAUUCACUGAGAAUUUGCAGAGCAUCAGACCCUCUUUUCCUUUCUUAGACAUUGAUCCAAGCAUGGAACUCCUAAGCCAAUUCAUGGGGAUGAAUCCACAACAUGUCAUGGACAACUCAAACAUGAACAUGAACAUGCAGAACUUGAUGCCUUUCUCCUGUGACAGCAUUUUGGGCCCUGAAGAGCCAGAGUUUCCUGAAAACUUAGAAGGAACCUUCCCUGGUCUUGUUCAUCAUGUAAGUCACAAUGCAUUUCCAGUUUCACUUCCCAUUUUUCCAGCAGAAGAUGAAAUCAUUGAAGGUAAAAAGAGGAAGAUGAUAAUGGAUAUUCAGGAGACCAGUUCAGCAAACUCUACUCCUGCAGUUUCUGAGAGUGGAAGCAGGAUAAAAAAUAAUUCUGGAAGAGGAAAGAGGGCCAAAAGCAAUGUAACAGAAGAGGAGAAAGAAAAGGAAGUGGUUCAUGUCAGAGCCAGAAGAGGUCAAGCUACUGAUAGUCACAGUUUAGCAGAAAGGGUCAGAAGAGGGAAAAUCAAUGAGAAACUAAGGUGCUUACAGAACAUUGUUCCUGGAUGUUACAAGACCAUGGGCAUGGCAGUAAUGUUGGAUGAAAUCAUAAACUAUGUGCAGUCUUUGCAGCAUCAAGUGGAGUUCCUUUCUUUGAAGCUUACAGCUGCAAGUACCUAUUAUGACUUCAAUUCUGAGACAGAUGCUAUUGAAACAAUGCAGAGAGCAAGGGCAUCAGAGGCAAAAGAGUUAGCCAGGUAUAAGAGAGAAGAAUAUGGGGGAAUUUCUUGCUUUCAACCAACUUGGCCCCUUUGACUUCAGUUUUGGAUCUCUUCAACAAUACAAUGACAUGAAGACUCGUCUAUUAAUUAUUUACUUCAAGUUUAAAAGAACAAUUUGUUUCCACUCCAUGCUACCAGCACAAGUGGACAUAUUCUUGCUUGUACAAUGCUUCAAACAUGUGUAGAAAUGAAUGGAAGUUAAUAAUAGCCUACAAUAUAUUUCAUAUAUAUCUGUGGAAUGUGCACAUAUACAAAGGCCAAUAAUCAUCACACAAAUUACAAAAGAUUGUCCUAGUUUUGUCACACCUUGUCAUGUGUCUGUCUUCUAUUUCCAUCACAUAUU